GGACAAUUUGGGGCUUUCGAAGACAUCUCAGUAGAGAAGCCAACAAGCCGCACGUAAUACUUCGUACUUGGGGCGAAAGCGACACCAGACAGUGCUUGGGUCGACAAUCGCAUGUUGGAGAUGAUGGUUCGUCGCAGUCGAUGGCAGAUGAUGUUGGAGAGCAAUUACAACGUUACGAGCAAUCCUCUCCGCAAGCGUUGUGCGCCGUCAUUACGAUCUCCCGAAACAGAUCGCUCCCGCGAGUGCAGGAUCUUUCCCACACCUGACGCUUUGGUGUCGCCUCCUCAUAACCGAACCUUCCACUUUUCGGCGCGCCUCCUGUCACCGACACGCUGCCGAUCUGCUACAAUACCGAUCGACAGGGUCAGUGGCGAGCUGGCAAAACAAACUCAUAACGACUACGAAUCAGCUGUCUGUGAAUCUAGAUUGUGGUAGUAGAUCUGCGACAGCCAAAGACAGGCAUAGGGCUUGAGCGGUAUUUUCAACAGUAUACAAUCACUCGCAAUAGAGUCAAAUUGGGCGGACUCAGGCACACAAAU